AUUCCACUGAAAGCUAGAUGCGCUCGGGUUGUGAUUUGCCAUCUCGAUCUUUUAUUUUGUGACUCUCCGGACCGGGAACAUGUACGCAGCUGUAACGCUCUUCGUCUUCAUGUGCUUGACUGCUACCACCCAUGCAGACCACCAUCAUCAGCCUUGUCAUUCCCCCAAUAUGACAGGAUUCAUGAGUGUGUGGACUCUAAAGGGUGACGUGAAGGCAUUCGGUGCAUUCACCUACGAUUCGAUGGGCAAGAAACUACGGUUCAGAUCGAACGAGAGCUCCCCCAUGAACACAUCCAUCGGUUUGGACCUGCUGAUGUUUUUCGAUGAGGGGGUGUUCUACGAGAUCGACAGCAAAAACCAGAGCUGUGAGAAGAAAUCCUUGCAAUGCAGCCUGCACCCUCUGGAUAUUCCAGACGACGCGUCAUUUCAUGCUACGUACAACGCUGGGAGUCCCUCCAUCGAAGGAGAGGGGUUAAAAGUCAACGUGUGGACAGGGUCGAUGGCGGCCUCGAAAGGCCGUUACAUCAUGUCGGUAACCAUGGGAUGUCUGCCCGUCUCCACUUUCUACAUCUGUGACUCCACAACAUUCUUAUUCAGCCUCGCCGAUGUCGAGACCGAGAUCAAGGACCCCGAUCUCCUCACCGUGCCUUCCUUUUGCGUGGGGCAGCCUCUGGAGGAGACACCUGAAGGGACAGUAAACAGUUUCCUCAACGAGUUCAUGUAGACGAAACCUCACCAGCAGAAAAAAACAAAAAAAAUCUAACCCCCUAUCCAAGUGUGGCCUGCCAGAACUUUAGACUUUCCUCUCCUUUUCAUGUGUGACUCGACUUUUUCGUGUGACACUGCACUACAUCACAUCUGUUCCCACUCCCCUAAGAAGAAAUGGCUUUGAAUGGAUCAUAUUGUAUACAUACAUUUUGCAAGGAGGGAAAGAGACAUGACAUGGAUUGUAGAAUUAGUCGUAAUUACUAACAGUCGGUGGCUUCUCAAGUCGGUUCUGCUUACAAAAACCUGUAAGAUGUGAUUAAUGGAACAAUAAAAUGUCAAAGCUGUCAAA